AUGGGCUUACCGUGCAUCGUCUUGGCCUACGCGCUUGCACUCAGCAGCUCUCCAACUGUCGUGCUGACGCACACAAAGUCGGAAGGCCGGCUCGACUCCCACCAACUCUUCCUCGACUACGCCAGCUCGGCGGUCGAAGAAACCCGAUGGUCGGUCGAAGAGAGGCUGCUUCCGCCCUGGCUGGCCCUAAAGCCCACCUCGGGCAUUCUGCCCGCCGGCCAGGCUGAAGGCGGCCUGUUCGUUGUCAGCGCUGCGCCCAAUGUCCCCGAGCGGAUCGAGCCAUACCGCUCCUCCGUCCACCUGACCCUCACCUCAGAUGCGUUCAAUGACACCUUCGUCGCGGUCCCAAUCUUACUCAUUGUCGCACCCGCCACCAGCGCACACCACUCCAUGUGGGGCGAGGCGCAGCUAGUGACGGGUAGCGCUGGUGGCGGAGGCAGCGCCGCAUACCGGUGUGACCGACAUCGGCAAAAGCCGCCGCUGCCGAGCACCCUCGGGGCGAAGCUUGCGGACAAGUCGGUGCGGCACUUUGACGAGGAGACGCUGCGCAAGGGCCGGGCGGAGCAGACCUUCCUCGGCGUCGACGUUGGCGUGGAGCAAGCGGUCGUCUUCACCGCGUGCGACUCGGAGGGGCUACGCGUCUCACACUCGCUGCCAUCGGAGGGGCUGCGCGUCGCCCACGCGAUCUGGAAGCCGGAGGAGGUGGAGGAGGUUCGCCAACACCACGGCCCCCAGGCCUGGCAAGUCGUACUCCGCGACCGCGCCUCGGGGCAGGAGCGCAAGAUACAGUACGUGUACAGCUCGAGCGGGCGGUACGAGGCGACCGUGGCCGCGCCGCUCGUCGGCGAGUACGAGCUGCUCCUCUUUCUCGACUGGACACAUGAGUCGGCCAGAGGGGAGCGGAGGCUCUCUGAGAAUGUGCCGGAGGGCGGAGGGCGGUGGUCCCGGGAGCCGGUCGAUACGCUCUAUCUCGUCGCGCGGUGCCCGCCGCCGCUCGUCCCGCUGCCCAGCCGCGAGUGUGGCUGCCCCGCUGGGUAUGAGGACCACGGGUACAUGGCGUGCGAGCCGUGUGCCUUCGGCACCCACAAGCCCCAGCCUGGCAACGACGCGUGCAUCCCCGAGACGUGGCCCGUCAUCGUCACGACGUUUGGCACCUUCCUCGGGCUAGUGCUGCUCGUCGUACUACUCGUGUACGCGCGCCGCGGCUGGCAGCGGCACCUUCUGGCCAGCGCCGCGGCUGAUCGGGAGAACGCCUGCAAGCAGAAGCGGAUCCGGCAUGCGGUCCUCAAGGUGACGACGCUCGAGCACCCUCUCGCGGUGAUGCCGCUCUUCAGGCUGCGCGAACUUGGCAGCCUCGUCUCGUACGAGGAGGCGCGUGACGCAGGCGCCCUUCGCUGCUGCGAUACUGUCCAGUCAGCGGUCGCCUUUGCCGUCCGCCACCCACUCGUCUUCGUGUCGCACCAGUGGCUCUCGCUCACGCACCCAGACCCCGAGUCGCUUCAUUACCCCCGGCUCGCGAUUGGCUCGAUCCCGUUCUGCGUGGCCUGCUCGCACUACUUUGUCGUGUGCGCGCCCGAGGCGCAGCACCUCGGCUCGAACCCGCCCUCGCUCGUCAACGCGGAGACCUACCUGCAGCGCGGGUGGUGUCGGCUGGAGCAGUGGGCAUUCCUCGCUAUCAACGGCGCGGAGCAGAUGUAUGUGUUCGAGACGGCACUCGCCCACCUCUCGCAGCGGCGGCGGUGGAUCGAGGAGUCGGUAAACGUCUUCCAAGGAAGCCUCCCCUCGCCGGGGCUACCGGGCCACUUCACGCACGAGGAGGACAAGGCUCUACUCGUCGACGUGGUACUUGGCCUAUACGGGCUCGCCGUCGUCGCCGCCAUCGACCCGUCGGUCGCCUCGUCCGGUCGCGGCGUUGGGAGAACCUCGAGCCUCGCGCGCUCCGAGCUGGGCCGCGCGCUGCGGGAUCGGCAUCGGGACGCCCUCGCCGGCAGCGUCGAGCAUGGCGUCGUGGCCCGCUGUGCGGAGGAUGGGCGGCGGUGCGGCGGCGGCGGCUUACCGGCAUCUUCAGUGCAGCGCCUUCAGUGCGACGGGGGCGGGGCCGCGUCUUCCCAGCUGGUCGAGCUCAUCGCCGAGCGGCGGUCCCUCGUCUUCCCGCGCGAGCAUUUCGGCGACCUCGUCGAUCGGCUCGAGGCAGAAUUGGAGUGGGCGGCGCUCACCGGUCGGUCCUCCGCCUCGGAGACGUACCACGCGGCACGUUCGGCGCGGAUGACGCUGCGAAUCAGCCUCGACAGCCUCGAGGAUGGCGACAAGUCGGUCUCGUGGGUUGAGGGGGUGAAGCAUGGGGUGAAGGGGGAGGGGUGACCGAGGGCGCGUGCCUUCUUUUUUUGUGAAAACAUGUGUGUAAAUGGUGGA